CUCUCUUUCAAGAGCAAGCCUUUAAAAGAGCCUUGCUGGUUGAGGGUAAGUAAAGCUACAUCAUGGGGUCAGAGAAAGACGUGUUCGUGGGUGCUGCUCUCGUUUUUGUUGCCCUCAUUUCACAAAGUGAGGGUAUAAUCGGUGGCAGAGAGGCAGCGCCACACUCUCGGCCCUACAUGGCCUCCAUCCAGAGACCAGAGGGAGAUGGUUUAAAACAUGAAUGUGGAGGUUUUGUGAUCGCAGAUCAGUGGGUGAUGACAGCAGUUCACUGUAUGCCGAACGGAGCAAAUGGAAGAAAGGUAGUGCUGGGUGUCCAUUCUCUCAGCCAACCUGAAGACACAAAACAAACCUUUGACAUCCUGGAACACAAUCUUUACAAUCAUCCCCGCUUCAGCAUAGACACUUUUGACAAUGACAUUGCUUUAAUUAAAUUGGAUCGUCCAUUUAACGCCUCUGAGGCUGUUAAAGCGGUGGAAUUCCUGCGAAGCGGUGGUGUAAAUCCUACCACUGAUGAUGAGGUGGAGACUGCAGGCUGGGGAUCACUGAACAACCUGGAGGCCAGACCGGACAAGCUCAAAGAGGUGGUUGUGAAGAUGAUCAGCCACGGUCGGUGUUCCCGCAGUGACUACUUUGGCAAAAAGGUUACCAGUAACAUGAUGUGCGCACAUAAAAAGUGCUCAGACCCCUGCGACCAGCCGUAUCCAGUUGAAGACAGCUGUGAUGGAGACUCUGGAGGCCCUCUGCUCUACAAUGGUGUUGCAGUGGGCAUCACUUCCAAAGGUGGAAAAAAAUGUGGGCAGCUGAAAAAGCCUGGAGUUUACACAAUCAUCUCCCACUACACUGAGUGGAUUGACCGCACCAUGGGCGUGCAGCCUGCUGCAGCAGGAGGCCAGGAAAGUUAAUAAAGGAGAAGCAGAGAGUUUUGUUCUUAAAACUUUGUGUUAUUGACAUGGCCAUAUUUCUUUGAAUACUGAUGUGGCUGUGUUUGUACUCUUCUGACAUAGUGCAGUUCAAUUUAAUCCACUUUUAACACAAAUAUUGUCAAAUAUGUCAUAUCACAAAGUACUCCAACUUAAUUAAAUUUUAGAAUAAUUGCAUGGACAAAGAAAAUGAUUACCGUUACUACUAAAAAAUCCUAUAAACUUCAAAAUUGUGUUUCAUUAUUGUUUAUCCAGUUUUGUCAUAUUUUAUGAAAUAAUAAAAUGUAGUUUCUGA